AUGGAGGCGGCUUGCAGGAGCCUGCAGAAAAGCCGCGUAGCAGAAGGUGGGCGGGCCGCAGACCUGUGCGGCGGGAGGGGCGGGGCCUGGGGCGCGGCCGCCCUCGAGUCGCUGGAGUUUAGGCCCCGCUCCUUGGACGGCCCCGCCCUGGCAGACCAUGCCCCGCCCGUCCGGCUCGGCUGUCCAGUAAGGCCCCGCCCCUUCAGGGCCCAUCCCGCUCCGCCUCCUCCGUGCGAUCCUGGGUUGUCGGGUCUCGGCAAUUUCGCCAAGUUCUUCCAGUCUUCCGGUCUCGGAACCCUCCGCUGCGCAGCCAUGGCUCAGCACUUCUCCCUGGCCGCCUGCGACGUGGUGGGCUUCGACCUUGACCACACGCUGUGCCGCUAUAACCUGCCCGAGAGCGCCCGGCUCAUUUACACCAGCUUUGCUCAGUUCUUAGUCCAGGAGAAGGGGUAUGAUAAGGAGUUGCUCACUCUGACGCCCGAGGACUGGGAUUUCUGUUGCAAGGGUUUGGCGUUGGAUCUGGAAGAUGGGACCUUCAUUAAACUCGCAGCUGAUGGCACUGUGCUCAGGGCAAGCCACGGCACCAGGAUGAUGACUCCAGAGGCGCUGGCGGAGACCUAUGGCAAGAAGGACUGGAGGCACUGUGUGACGGACAAACACUGUGCUUCGAGCGUCGACAUCCCUUGCUGCUCAGGAAAGUGUUACUUCUAUGAUAACUACUUUGACCUGCCCGGGGCUCUUCUGUGUGCCAGGGUGGUGGACUCCUUAACAAAGCAGAACAGAGGUCAAAAAACAUUUGAUUUUUGGAAGGAUGUAGUUGCUGGUAUACAACACAAUUUUAAAAUGUCAGCCUUUAAGGGUGAGUAA